AUGGCUUCUAUUAUUCGCGCGUUGCGGCCUUUGUCGCGUACCCCCUCAGUCCGCUUGGCGGGCAAGCGGCUAGCUCCCGGCCGACCCAUCCAAAGUGCUUAUGCCUUCUCUACUACCCCCCUCCGACGGGACGCCGACGCCGAGCUCACACCCACACCCAUCACCCUUUUGUCCGACACGGAAUCCAUGAUGUCCGAGAUGGUCUCAAAGUUCGCACAGGAGCAAAUCGGCCCCAAGGUACGGGACAUGGAUGAAGCUGAGACCAUGGAUACAAAGAUUGUGGAGCAGCUCUUCGAGCAGGGUAUUAUGGGUAUCGAGGUCCCUGAGGAGUACGGCGGUGCCGGCAUGAACUUCACCGCGGCCAUCGUCGCGAUUGAGGAGCUUGCACGCGUCGACCCCAGUGUCAGUGUCCUGGCGGAUGUGCACAACACCCUCGUGAACACUGCGAUCCUCAAGUACGGUGAUGCUCAGGCCAAGCGCACAUGGCUCCCCAAGCUCACUACCGGCACCGUUGGCUCCUUCUGUCUCUCGGAGCCUGCGUCCGGCUCCGACGCCUUCGCCCUGCAGACGAAGGCCGAGAAGACCGCCGAUGGUUAUAAGAUCAAUGGCUCCAAGAUGUGGAUUACCAACUCCAUGGAGGCGGGUAUUUUCAUCGUCUUUGCCAACAUUGACCCCAGCAAGGGCUACAAGGGCAUCACUGCUUUCAUUGUUGAGAAGGAUACACCUGGAUUCUCUAUUGCGAAGAAGGAAAAGAAGCUCGGUAUCCGUGCUAGCAGCACCUGUGUGCUCAACUUCGAUGACUGCGUCAUCCCCAAGAGCAACUUGCUCGGCGAGGAGGGCCAGGGCUACAAGUAUGCUAUCAGCGUGCUGAACGAGGGCCGUAUCGGUAUCGCCGCCCAGAUGACUGGCCUGGCUCUUGGCGCAUGGGAGAACGCCGCUCGAUACGUGUGGAACGACCGUCGCCAGUUUGGUGAGCUGAUCGGUAACUUCCAAGGUAUGCAGCACCAGAUCGCUCAGGCAUACACCGAGAUCGCAGCUGCACGCGCUCUUGUCUAUAAUGCCGCCCGUAAGAAGGAGGCUGGCCAGGACUUUGUUCAGGAUGCCGCCAUGGCCAAGCUUUAUGCCUCCCAGGUCGCUGGCCGUGUCUCCAGCUCCGCCGUUGAGUGGAUGGGUGGUAUGGGCUUCGUCCGUGAGGGCAUCGCCGAGAAGAUGUUCCGCGACAGCAAGAUCGGUGCUAUUUACGAGGGUACCAGCAACAUCCAGCUGCAGACCAUCGCCAAGCUUCUCCAGAAGCAGUACACGCAAUAG